UGACUAUAACGAGCGAUGUAAUAAAUUACUCUUGAAUCAAACCCAACAUCCAAUGUUCUUCAUUUUGCAGUUCAGAUGGGGUUGGUUCCAUACUCUGUAGUUUUCGUGUAGGUUUGCAAAAAAAUGGAAAACAUCACAACAUCAAAAAAAAUGUAAAUAAGAAUAAAAAAAAACUUUUGACUGCCAUUUUUCAACUCUAUUUACAGCAUACUUCAUCAAAUUUCAUCAGUCAUCCAAUUGGACUUGUUGUUGUGGAAUAUCAUCAUCAGAAAUCAGUUACUGUCCUCACCGUGUAAGAGAAUAUCUUACUCCCCUUAAUAUAUUCACAUCGAAUUUCAUCACAACGCAAGUUAAUUAUCAAUCGCUGGAGUUGCGAGAUCAAAAACAAAAAGACAGAAUAUAAAGAAAGUAUUGAUCCUUACAUACAGCAACAAGAACAAUAGUCACCAUGUCAGUUGAAGAUAAUUCAUUGGAAUCUAUUGCCAAGUAUCUUGAGUUAUCCCUCUACCCUGCUACAGCCAAACAAGCGGAGCAGAAAUUGAGAUCAAUUGAAAAUUUGCCUGGUUUUUCAAUCAAUCUUCUUCAUGUCAUUGAUUCCACUAAUUUAUCUACUGGUGAAAGAUUGGCUGGAUCAUUAUUCUUUAAGAAUCUUACUAAAAGAAAAUGGUUCAAUAGUGAUGGUAGUGAUUAUCUUUUACCUAAGGAAGAUGUUUUUAAGAUCAAAGCUGAAAUCAUUGAUAUUAUGAUUAAAUUACCUCAGAAUUUACAAAUUCAAAUCGGAGAGUCGAUAACUUUGAUUGCUGAGAGUGAAUUCCCCAAGAAUUGGAAUACUUUGAUUGAUCAAUUGAUUUCUAAACUAUCCAUAACUGAUUUCUUUGUCAAUAAAUCGAUUCUUUUGGUGUGUCAUUCUAUUUUUAAAAAAUGGAGAUCGUUAUUUAGAUCAGAUGAAUUAUUCUCAGAAAUUAAAUUGGUGUUGGAAAAGUUUACUAAACCUUUCUUGGAUUUAUUCUUAGAAUUGGAUAAAUUAAUUGAAAUCAAUCAAGAUAAUGAAGCAUUAUUGAAUAUCUAUUUUGAGAAUUUAUUAUUAUUGAUUCAAAUUUAUUAUGAUUUUAAUUGUCAAGAUAUUCCAGAAUUCUUCGAAGAUAACUUGAAUGUGUUGAUGACUUUAAUUCACAAAUAUUUAAAUUAUCAAAAUCCAAAAUUAAUCAAUUUACUGGAAGAUUUCGAACCUGAUAUUCUAAUCAAAUUGAAAACUUCCAUCAUCGAAUUGGUCUCACUUUAUGUAUCAAGAUAUGCUGAUGUAUUUGAUCCGUUAAUCGAAAGCUUCAUCACCACAGUGUGGACCUUAAUCAAUAAUUUCGUUACCAAACAACAAAAAUUCGAUAUCUUGGUUGUAAAAGCAUUACAAUUCCUUACUUCCAUUAUCAAAUUCCAAAAAUUCCAAUAUAUUUUCCAAAAUGAAGGAUCUAUAAAUGAAAUCAUUGAAAAGAUUAUCUUACCAAAUAUCUAUUUCCGUGAAUCUGAUGAAGAAAUGUUUGAAGAUGAGCCAAUCAACUUCAUUAGAUCUGAUUUAGAAGGAAGUGACUUCGAUUCAAGAAGAAAAUCAGCUACUGAUUUCUUAAGAGAAUUGAAAGAUUUAAAUAGUGAAUUAUUAACUGCUACUGUUAUGAAAUAUGUCAAUCAAUUCUUAUUAUCCAAUAAUAAUGAUAAUAAAGAUUGGAGAAACAAAGAUACUGCUAUUUACCUUUUCAGUUCAUUAGCUGCUAAAGGGUCAGUGACUAAUUUAGGGGUUACUUCCACCAAUGUAUUAGUUGAUGUUAUUAAAUUCUUCACUGAUAAUAUUGCUAAUGAUUUAAUCGGAAGUAAUAAUCUGCAUCCAAUUUUAAUUGUUGAUUCUAUCAAAUAUAUUUUCACAUUCAGAAAUCAAUUAAGUAAAGAUCAAUUAUUAUCAGCCAUACCAUUAUUGAUUGAUCAUUUAAGUAGAAAUCAAAAUACGGUGGUUUAUACUUAUUCUGCUAUCACUAUUGAAAAGUUAUUAUCCUUAACAAGCUUUAAUGAAACUCAUACUCCAGUGUUCAAUAAACAAGAUAUUGAACCAUUCAUGAAUAAUUUAAUCACAAACUUAUUCAAUCUUAUCUUAUUACAUGAUUAUACUCCUGAGAAAUUAGCUGAAAAUGAAUUCUUAAUUAAAUGUAUAAUGAGAGUGCUUAUUAUAAGUGAAGAUUUAAUCUCAAAUAGAUUAUCAAUCAUUGAACAAUUGUUGAAGAUUUUGAAGAUAACUGCUAAAAAUCCAUCUAAUCCAAAGUUUUCUCAUUAUACUUUUGAAUCAAUUGGAUUAUUAAUUAAAUUUGGUAUUCUUAAGAAUAACACCAAGAAACCACCUACGAAUAUUGCUGAUAUUGAUAUUGAGCUUUUAAAUAAAUUCAUUGAAUUGGUUAUCCCUGCCUUAUUAAAUAUCUUAAGUGAUGAUGUUCAAGAAUUCGUGCCAUAUACUUUCCAAAUAUUGGCUUAUUUAUUAGAAAUUUAUCCUAUUGAUUUAGGAUUACCAGAGACUUAUAAGAACUUAAUCAAACCAUUAUUAUCUCCUUCAGUAUGGGAAUUCAGGGGUAAUAUUCCAGGUAUCACUAGAUUAUUAAUUACUAUCAUCGAACAUGAUAAAACUAAUGUGAUAUUUAAUAAUCAAGAAGAAAUAACUCCUUUAUUAGGGGUAUUUCAAAAAUUGAUCUCAUCAAAGUUGAAUGAUAGUUUUGGAUUUGAUUUAUUAGAAUCAAUCUUAUUAAAUAUUAGACUUCAAUAUUUACAACCAUUCAUAAAUCAAUUAUCGAUAUUAUUAUUGACAAGAUUAAAGAAUUCGAGAACUGAAAAGUUUGUCAAGAGAUUUACAUUAUUUUUUGCUAUUAUUAAUAUCAGUAGUGGACCUAAUUUGAAUUUACCAGAAUCAUUUAUUAUAAAUUUCAUUGAUUCAGUUCAAGCUAAUUUAUUCCAACAAAUAUUCGUUAGUUUCGUUUUACCAACUUCAAAUUCAAUCAUUAAUUUACAUGAUAAGAAGAUCAUCAACAUUGGUAUAUCUAAAUUGUUAACUAAUCCAUUAUUCUUAACUAAUUACAAUAACUUACAACUACAACUCAUCCAACAAUUGAUUAAGAAUUUGGAAACUUAUGAAGGUAUAAACAAAUCAUUAACAUCAAAUAUUAUUCAAACCAGUUUGACUGGAAAUGGUAAUGUGGUAGAUGUUAGUACUACUCAAAGUGAUUUCGAUAUUGAUAAUUCAUCGUUUGGAUCACAAUUUUCAAAAUUAGUCUCUAUUAAUAAUGAAGCGUUUGAUCCAAUUAGUCAACUUAAAAAUAAUGAUUACCCACAAAUUAAAUUCACAAUUUUAUCCAAUAUUAAAGCGGUUAAUAUCGAAGUAUUGAAUCAAUUAAGUGAUGAUUUUAAAAAUUCUCUUAAAAGUUUAGGUAUAUAGGAUAACAUAGAACAGAAAUUAAAAUCAAAUAAAAGUUCGUCAUGUUAACUACGACUAUUAAAUUC